AUGAAGAGGGACCGCAAGGCGUUCAAUAAGGAGCGCAAGUCAUUCCAGAAAGAGCGCAAGGCAUCGCAGAAGAAGGACUGCACGAUCUAUGGCAUAGCAUCGAAUGAGUCUGACUUCGUCUUCCUCAAGAUUGAAAACAAUUCUAAGGGGUCUGAACAUAAGACCACCACCCGAGACGGGAAUUAUGACGGGGUCCUUAGAGUACUGGUGCAUAUGUUCACUAAAGGCCGCAGUGAUAUCUUCUACUCACUCCAAGUAGCCAUCCCGACAGUACGACCAAGCUUUCUGUAUCGCACGUCGGUCAAAGAACCAGACUUUUCUUUAAUGAUCCGUGGCGGCUUGCUGCCAACCGUUGCUGUUGAAUCUGGGUGGAGUAAACCGAUGACAAAAUUACUGAAUGACCUCAACGCCUUGCUAGUUGGAGGCGAUGGUAGCAUCAAAGUCGUCAUUAUCAUCAAGUGGUCGCGGCUCACCGGAAAUCGUGUUUCCGGUGUUGCAUAA